CAAGUCCUCCCUUGGUUCACCAUCUAACCCCCUCCACUAUUCUUCCACCAUGACGCUGCCCUCUAACAUCCACAUCUCCACCCACCCUCUCCUGCAAGCCAAAGUCUCUCAGCUGCGGUCCUCGUCAACCACAACCCGCGAGACACGCAGCCUGGUCAAUGAAAUCGCGACGAUUCUGGGCGUAGAGGCCUUUGCUACCUGGAAGGCUGCGGGCACUGGAAAGACUGAUUCCACCCCGUUAGGUAUCGAGUACGAGACGAAGACAAUCGACCCCGCAAACAUUGCACUGGUACCAAUCCUCCGUUCAGGACUGGGCAUGAUUGACGCGAUCAAUGAUCUCCUACCGUCUCCCGUCCCAAUCUACCACCUCGGCCUCUUCCGCGAGCGCUUCUCCCUCCAGCCCGUCGAAUACUACAACAACCUCCCCUACAACCGCCCCGAGCAAUCGUCUUCUUCGUCCGGACCAAGUCCCAGCGCCGUCAACACAGCCGCGGCCUCGGUCGCUAUCCUACUCGAUCCCAUCAUUGCAACAGGCGGCACGGCCGAAGCAGCCAUCCAGCUUCUCCGCGAGUGGGGCGUGCAGCGGGUUGUUAUGCUGAGUGUGCUUGGCUCCGAGGAUGGUGUCAAGCGUGCGGCCGAGUGCUGGCCUGAGGGCGUGGAGGUAUGGAUAGGCGCUGUGGAUGAACGGUGUAACGAGCGGGGGAUGAUUGUGCCUGGAUUGGGGGAUAUUGGGGAUCGGUUGUUUGUUGCCAUUGGAAAGUAG